GGCGAUUCGUUAAAUUAGAAGUUCCAUACGUCAUGCCACCCACACGUACAUAUACAUGCACUUUCGCUCCACCCACGCACACUCUGAGAGAGUUAACCACAAGAAAUUGAAGGCGUAUCUCCCAAUAGCUAUAUAGCUAUGGUAUGGAGAAGCCGCUGGAGAUAGUAGACGCGCACAUGCAUCUGUGGUCUCCGCAGACCCAUCCUUGGAUCGAGAAAGUCAGGGACGGAGGCCAUCCUGCAGGGAAAUUCGAGUCUGUGACCACGUAUCUACUAGACGAAUACCUGAAGGACGUGGGAGGACUAUAAUGUAACGCACUCAGUACACGUAGAGACAGCCUGGCCGGGAGAUCCAGUGGGAGAAACGAAGUAUAACUAUAGAUUAUAGCCACACUUUGUGCUACUGUAGUACUACAUACACGCCCCACAUUCACACACACGAUACAUUUGGGAAGAAACCAUAUGUGUAGGAUUUUUUGUACCCACUACAGUUGGUUGGAUGGAAUAGCAGACUCUAACAGCAGAGGAUUGCCCAAAGCGAUAGUGGGCCACUGUGAUCUGUCCUCUCCGCAAGCUGAGGACAUUCUCUCUCGUCACGUUCAAUCCAAGAGAUUCCGUGGCAUAAGACACAUACUAAACUGCCACGCUACAAAAGCAAUCUAUUCGGAGGCCCCCCAUGAUGACUUUCUAACGAACCCCAAAUGGCUCGAGGGGGUCGCCCUCCUACAGAAAUUUGGCCUCUCGUUUGAAAUUCAUAUUCUACCAGCUCAGAUGCAGAGAGCUGCAGAGGUGACCAGGAUGUUCCCAGGAGUGAUGUUCAUGGUCAACCACUGCGGACUGCCCUAUGAGAGAGACACACAGACAAUGAAGAUAUGGAGAGAAGGUCUCACGGAGCUCGCCCGUCAGGCCAACGUCUACUGCAAGGUUUCUGGGGUGUUUGCUACCGACAGGAACUGGACACAGGACUCGGUGGCUGAGGUGGUGCAACCUGUUCUGGACAUCUUUGGCAUGGACAGGUAGAGUGAAAACCUCUCAGUAAUGGACGCCUUCUUGGGGACAUCGCAAAAUGGGUCAAGACCAAAUGUUCUUUAUAGAGAGGUAUUCAGAGAGUCCAUUUUCAGAGGUUUCACUGCGUACCGGUCCAUUUACCCCUGGCCUCCCUCUCUGCUUGGCGGCCAACUAGGUUUCCCAGAACCCAGCCAUUGCUCUCUAAAGUUGCAUUUGGCACUAUGUAUACAUUCACAAUGGAG